CUGGCUGUGGUCAUCAUGAAGCUGCAAGCGUCAAAGGCGCCCGAUCUGCUAUUUGAGCCCCUUCACUCACCUGUCUUGUGUAGUCGUUAAGGUGGUGCAUGCGGGUGUGUUGUUUCCCGGCCCAUCUAAGUCUGCCAGUUAGUCCAAAACAACGGCGCACCCAAAACACCAAACACCUAUACGCCACCCUCCUUGAAUGGCCGCGGUCUCUACUCAAUCCUCUCCUAAUGUCGUUCCUGUCAUGCCCGAGCAUUCUCCCCAACUCAAGGGGUUAAAGAAGGUCCUCUCGAGCCGCCGCCGUUCCUCCGACAUUCCAAGCGACGAAAACAUCAAAGACUUGCGCACGGAUUCCAUUGACUCUCUGACCAUUGAAAAAUCCCCUACGAGAUAUAGUACGCGUUCGAUCAGUCAAGAUGGAAGCAGUAAGUCCGGCAGUAGUGGCAUGCGAAAGUUGCUGCCUGGCCACAGCAAGCGAAAGAGGAGAAAAGUCCGCGAAGAGGAGGUCAAGGCUGUCAUAGAAGAGCUUGGAAGGGGAAGACCUGGUGCAGGAGUCAGUGUUCAAACUCCCUCGAAUCCUUCUAGUAGGAGACCGAGCAGUCUUGUGCCUGCAGAGGGCGACACCAGUCUUCUUACAGACGACUCCGAGAUCGAAACACCGCCUCUAAUCUCACGAGCCUCCCACACCGGCUAUUUGACAAUGUCAUCGCCGCUGGUGUCCGCAGCACCUACGCAUAGCGAUGACCAGCCGCCGCCCUCCGCCGAUACGAUACCGACCCUUGUCGAACCUGACCAAGCGGGUCACUCGCCGUCUCCCAAAAGUUCCUUGCCAGACACAAGUCCCAUGUCGCCCACGGCUGGGUUGAUUGACAGGGCAGACACUCUUCGACCGGAUUCGCGUAGGAGCAGUAUCAGCAAACUCCGAGGCAAAUCACCGGCUCGGAGGUUCAAAGAUGUGUUUGGCAAGUCAAACAAGAGCCCAAAGCUCAGCCCAGAAAGAACAAUGACGGAACCGUCCACAGGCUUCACCAGCCCAUUGAGCAGCCAAAGCCUCAUCACCGAAGAAGAGGGUCAUGAGGAGACAAGUUCUGUCGAUGCCGUCAUGCAAGAUCGUUCCACGAACAAUUCAAUGCCGAAUCUUGAGACGAAUAAUAGGCCUUUCACGCCUCCAGCUGCCGUCAUACCCGCGCCUCUUACUACCCUGACUCCUCCAACUCCUACACAGCAACAGUCAGAGUUCGAGGGAGCAACGGGAUCUCCUAUGUCUGAGAAGCCCGAUCCAGAGAAGCAGGAGAAUUCGAGGAUAGUGGUGAGCCAUUCUGGCAACAUGAUUUCUCAUCGUAGGAUAAGGUCGACAUCUUCAAUUACUCACCAGCCGAGCAAAUUGUCCAGCUCAAUGAGCGCACCAUUGACGCCAACAGACGAGACCAAGGCGUCGGCAGGGACACGUACACCUAGCGGUAGUCUUUUCUCCUCCUGGAUGUCUGCUGCGCAAAAUGCUGCAAGCACGAUCAGCAAUCUUGCUGGCCAGACUCGAAACAGAUCAGGUACUGAUGCUUCUAGUUCUUCCGUGAAGCAGAAGCCUACAGAAGAGCCAAUCCAGGAAGAAGACGAAAAUGUUGAACCAGAGUCUCCGCGAAAGCGAUUAGCAAUCGAAACAAUGGGAUUGGGAGAUCUCAAUUUUGAGCAUCUAGGUCUAGGUGUUGACGACAAAAUGGGCUCCAGUCGCCUAGACUUGACGGAACUGCGCAAGGACUCGUCACUAGAACGUGACGAGGCAGCUGCCAAAGAGGAAGAUGCUUUAGCAAAGCGCGCCGUUUCUGCGGCCUAUGAGAAGCUAUCGGAUUCAACAACACCCAUGGCCGAGAUCAAUGACCCCGUCGAUGGACUGCGGCAGUCACAGACUGUCCCCGGCCAAAUUGGUGGCGAAAGGACGCCUCCUAACGGCAGUAUUUUCGAGGGCGAACCAGGAGGCUCCAUGAAACGCACGAACAGUGUUCGCAGUAAACUUGCGAAGCGGCGUUCUCGCGGCUCCUCGGCAGCGACAGGUCAAUCUGCAAUAGGUGCGAUGAUAGGAGCUAGUACUGCAGCAUUGGCCCAUCCUGCAAAGGGACCUCGUUUGAUGGGAUUCACUGUUGCUCCGAAACAGCGCAACCGCAAUUUUCACCAACAGUUCCGGAGCGUGCCUGAAGACGAUUUUCUGAUUGAAGACUACAGCUGUGCGCUGCAAAAAGAGAUACUGGUCGCCGGGAGGAUCUACAUCUCAGAAGGCCAUAUAUGCUUUUCCAGCAAUAUCCUCGGCUGGGUCACCACGCUUGUCAUCUCUUUUGAAGAAGUGGUCAGCAUCGAGCGUGAGAGUACGGCGAUGGUCUUCCCAAAUGCCAUUGCGAUUCAGACACUUCACGCGCGCCACACCUUUCGAAGUUUGUUGUACCGUGAACAAACAUACGAUCUAUUAAUUGGUAUCUGGCGUGUGAGCCACCCGGCGAGUUUCCAAAAGAGCAUAAACGGCAAGCAACUUGCCGCCGAAGAAGCAACUCGCGAAGCAACCGCUCCAGCAGAGCACGGCGCGGAUGUACAACCCAGCGACGACAGCAGCAGUAACGACUCUGAUUCCGACGGGACGGACGAUAGUGCACCCAGUCUCGCUGAGAGCAGUCCCAGCCAUGCGGGUAGCGAGCUUGUCGAAGGCAAGACCGUGUCUAGAAAACCGUCCGGCAUGAACGCAACCGCUGUCGCCCAAACGGCUAGUGUCCUGGCGGGUACAGCUGGUGAAGUUCCACCUCCUCUUGCUGCUCAGGCCGGCGUGCCAGAAGCAGGGAAGGACUUCCCUGGUCCAGCCACCCAUGCUCCUACAGACUGCACAGACAGCGCGACACAUUACGACAAGAUUAUGAAAGAUGAUAUCAUCCCUGCGCCACUGGGCAAGAUCUAUUCUCUCCUGUACGGUCCUGAAUCUGGGCUUUUUGUUCGAAAGUUCCUCGUCGACGAAUGUAAAUGUAUGGAACUCGUUCUUGAAGACGACAAAAAGGGUCUAAACAACGACGUCAAGAGCCGGCAAUAUACAUACAUUAAGCCAUUGGGUGGCAGCAUCGGCCCAAAGCAAACGAAAUGCAUCACGACGGAGAACAUGGACUUCUUCGACCUCGAGAAAGCGGUAACGGUGACGUGUACGACCCAGACGCCCGAUGUGCCUAGCGGAAAUGCGUUCAGUACCAAAACAAGGUACUGUCUGACCUGGGCGCCGGGAAAUGCGACAAGAUUCCAGAUGAAUUGCACAAUUGAGUGGACUGCGAAGUCGUGGUUGAAAGGACCGAUUGAGAAGGGCGCGAAUGAUGGCCAGCAGCAGUACGGUGACAGUCUGGUUAAGAUCCUGAAGAGCGCUGUAAGCGGGCGGCCGCGCGGCACGACGAACGCGAGCAAAGUGUCCAAGGGGAAGAAGAAGCGGAAAGGAGAGAAGAAGUUUAAGGACGAGACUGUGAGUGAGGAGAAGAAAGUCGAGGUGAAUUGGGGCGUCCUGGAGCCGUUGAGAGCGCCGCUGCAGCCUGUUAUGAGUGUACUGGAGCCGGUGCUGAAGAUGGAGGUUCUGGUUGGGGUUCUCACGGUUAUGGUGUUGUUGUUGUGGGUGCGUUCGCCCAGCCGAGGAGUGCAAGUUGGGAGCUAUCCGUACGUCGGGUUGACACAGAGUGGAAGGUUAGCCGGCUAUGAAGGGCUGUGGAUGAAGGAGGAGAACGAGCUUUGGGACUGGCUUGAAGCGCGAGCUAAUGUGGAUACGGUGCUUCUGAGGCAGAAGGUUGAUAAGAUGGCCAACAAAGAAGGAACGGCAAGGGGUGUGAGAAAGGAAAACGAGAAGAUCAAGAAACGGGCUCGAAGCAGGGCCGUGAGUAGUGAUGUCGAAGCGAAACUCAAAGAGGAGAAAAUCAGUCAAAGGGAGAUGGAGGAUGCGAUCAGGAUUACGAGGGAGAGAUUGGAGGUGCUCGAGGGCGUCGUGGAGAAGAAGAAGUUGGCGAAAUCCACGGAGAAGGGAAGGUAGGAAGGACUACAGUUACUCACUACACCGCUAUUCAGCGGCAGCGACAUGUCGGACGUGGCAGGAAGCCGACCUUGUCGGACUGGAGUGUUGUCACCUGAAGUGUCGCUCACAUCAGAGCAGUGUCAUUGAGCUCGCUGCUGCUGCUGUUGCUGUUCAUUCGCCUUAUUGAAGCAUGAUGUUCCGGGGACAUGUCGACGGGCACAAGGGAGCUUUGGGCACGCGAUCACAACAGGAGUUGUAUCGUUGCGAGAUAUGCAUAUACUUAUGCUUACGAUUGUAUUCAUAAAUUGUCAUGAAGAAGUCUGAGCUGACAAGAAGAUCUGUUGUUCAAA